CUUCUUUUUGUUUUCUAGCCACGUUCUGUCUUCUUUUUCGAAGUUGGUACAAAAGUCGAGUUUGUCAAAAGUUAUAUCAUCGCCUGGUUGCAAUUUACUUUGCAAUUUUUGACUGCCUCGGUGAUAUCGGAGCGAACCCGCACGCGAUCGAAAGACCGACACGAUGGCUGCCAGGAAGUGGUUCUCGUCCUUUUUCCCCACGGUGAAGGCCCAGGAGGAGGAAGAUAUCGUUGAUCCACAGACGGUGCUGCGGGAAAAGUGUGCCCAGCAUGGAAGCGCACCACAGCUGUGGGAAAAGUACCAGGCAUGUAACGAACGUGUCGGCAGCCGUUCUCAGACGGCCGAAACCUGCGUCGAGGAGCUGUUCGAUUACCUGCACGAGCUGGACCACUGCGUUACAAAGACCCUGUUUUCGAAGCUGAAGUAAGCACGCCCACCUCGGUCCCGGGGGGUGAAGUAACUUUUUGAGGACGAGGCAUGUCGCACACAUAAUUUUUCGCGUCAUAACCGCGUUCAGUUUGACCGUCUGUGUGGCAAGAGAAAGUGGUUAGGGCACUGCGCAAACAGAACAUCGUUUGCGUUGUUGCUGCGUUACCAAAAUGCUGUGUGCACUAACUGCGAUAUGCAACUUUAAAAUCCAAAAUGCAUACAUGCCAAAACACAGAUGCCUCGUCGGAGUGGUUUUUGUUCGAAAUGGAAAAAAUAGUAAAUAAAAUUGAGUUUUAAAAGCGAA